UUAUAAUCUCUCCGUCUCUGUCUCUGUCCCUCUCUCCUCUCUCUCUCUGGUUUUUGGGCCGUGUCUCUUUUGAUAACUACCACAUGAUUGCAUUUGUAGUUUUCACAAAAGGAUAAAGUGUGUUCCCUCUCUCUCCCCGGAUCUCCUCCCUCCACAUUUCAUCUGUUCAAACCCAUUACCAGAUUCAAUUCCUCUCUCUCUCUGUGUCUUGUUCCUCUUCGACUUUUGCGUCCAUUAAUUCAAAAGAGGAACUGGUUCACUCAAUCUCUGACCCCAAAAGAUGAAGAAGCCUCUCUCUUUCUUCAUCUUCUGGUGUUUCCUGCUCUCGGACCUCGUUCAUGCCAGAAAUCACCAUGUUUUUCCCCCCAUUUUGGCUCCUGGUCUCCCCCCUCAAAUACCCAACAUUUCCCCAAUUUCUCCUGCUUCUGAAUCCAUGGCAGCUGCUCCAUUUGGUUUGCAGAUUGGAGUCCAUGGGGACCGACACCAUCACCAUCACCAACUAAGGAAAAAAUGGGUUUUAUUGACCGCCAUUGCUUCCAUUGUUCCUUGUGUUAUAAUCUUCUGCUUAUUCGCUCUGAUUAUUUGGUCAGCCAUUUGUCGAAAAGCCAAUCAAAGAAAUGUACAGAGCUCAGAAACCACAAAGGGGACGACUUUGGGGCCUUUUUUAAGUAAGUUUAACUCUUUGAGGAUGAAUGGUAAGAAGGGAUCUGUCUCUGUGAUUGAGUAUGCUUUUUUAGAAGCUUCAACGAAUAAUUUUAGCAGUAGCAAUAUUUUGGGGGAGGGUGGCUCUGGUCGGAUAUACAAAGCUCGGUUCGAUGAUAAUAUACUCGCUGCUGUUAAAAAGUUGGAUUCAGUAGGACCUGAAUCCGAACAUGAAUUCGAGAAUGAAGUGGAUUUGAUGAGUAAAAUCAGGCACCCCAAUCUGGUUUCUCUUUUGGGUUAUUGUGUUUAUGGCCAGUCAAGAUUUCUUGUUUAUGAGCUGAUGCAGAAUGGGUCUUUGGAAUCUCAAUUGCAUGGUCCAUCUCGGGGAUCAGGACUAACUUGGCAUCUCCGAAUGAAAAUCGCUCUCGAUGCGGCAAGAGGCCUGGAGUAUCUUCAUGAGCACUGUAACCCUCCUGUGAUCCACCGAGACUUGAAAUCUUCAAACAUUCUUCUUGAUUCAGCCUUCAACGCCAAGCUUGCCGAUUUUGGACUUGCAGUAACCGUAGGAGCUCAAUCCAAGACCAAUGUCAAGCUCUCAGGAACUCUUGGAUAUGUGGCUCCAGAGUAUCUCUUGGAUGGUAAACUAACAGAGAAAAGCGAUGUUUAUUCUUUCGGGGUUGUCCUUUUGGAGCUUCUGAUGGGAAGAAAACCAGUCGAAAAGUUGGCACCAGCUCAGUGCCAAUCUAUAGUCACAUGGGCUAUGCCUCAGCUGACAGACAGAUCAAAGCUUCCAAACAUCGUCGAUCCUGUGAUCAAGAACACCAUGGAUCUCAAGCAUUUGUAUCAGGUUGCUGCAGUUGCUGUGCUCUGUGUCCAACCUGAACCCAGUUACAGGCCACUGAUAACUGAUGUGUUACACUCUCUCAUUCCUCUCGUUCCCAUCGAGCUUGGAGGAGCUUUGAGAGUUUCAGAGCCAAAGCCCACAUCUUCUCAGUGACGAAUGAUACAAGAAGCAGGCAAACUGAAAAUCUCUUUCUACCUGCCAAUGUUGCAGACUGCAAAUCGGAGCUUUUAUGGUGAAAUUCUAUUCUGCAUUUCCACAAUUCGUUGCUGCAAAAUCCACGAGCCCCUUCCUGCAUUGAUUGGAAUGAUGAUGUGUAAUUGAGAUCAUUGUUGUAGAUAGAUAGAGAGCUACCCAAUUCACAGGGACCUCUCAUCCCUUACAAAAUGGAGCUGUAAAUUGGACUUUUCUUUUGUAGUUGACAGUGGUUCUUUUGCAUACUAGAACUCAUUACCUGUGAAGCAAACAAGGUAUGACGAGGGUGCUUUGGGAACAUUGCUUCCC